AUGCAUGAUCAACCUAAUGCCUUAAUUAGGACGCGUUAUCUGCAUCUUCUACUUGUAUAUGUGGGUGUCAAUACAUUGAGCAUGCUGCGCGUCGUCCACUGCCAGAAGAUCCAAAUGCGCCUCUCUUCCGCGGAGGAGUUCCUGAUACCACCUGUGGUGGAUUCUAUCCGAAUGGGCCAUGGAGCAUGGGAGCCAGCUGUCUUUGUGGUCAGCAUUGGCAACAGCAUGAACACCCAGAUACUCCGCCUCGUCCUAAGCGCUCUGGGGCCUCCCCCAUUACCUCUUUGCAUGCCAACUGUAACAUCUCUUACCAACCCUGUGGAGACCUCCAACCCAGCUUCGUCACGGAGCACACAAAUGCCACCCCCUAUUGCUGCAUAUACUGGAAUACGGGCAGCAGCGACAGGAAGCACCAAUGAUCGACGGGUUAAUGCAUACCAGCGACAUGCGGUCGGCACUCGUCGACGUCCCCGCCAUGACUAUCCACUUGGUUCAGCAUCCAGUGCGACUGCAGCUGCAUCCCAGUCUUUACCCCAGCUCAAUGCUCCCACAAAAUUCUCCAUUGAUAUUGGUUUAUUGCCUGUUGCGCUGCCGCAAGCACCUAUGUGGUCUGACGAAAUGAACCUAGAGCCACCUCCUACGCUCAAUCUUAAAGACCAUGAAAUCGCCACAUUGCAGGAGACACUUCAGGAGCAUAACCUAGUUCUGACGGUAGAGGUAUCUGCAGAUGGUCCCAUCCAUGUGGCAUUCAAUCAACAAAUCGAAGAUUUCUGUAUCUCAAACCAAUUUACGUUGAAACCUAGGCCUAAUCCCAAACAGACUUUAUCUUCUACUUCAGUUGCCAACUAUAACUGGACUUUUUAUGUUCCCCUACGCCGUACAGCCAACCAUUCACGGAACUUUGGAGCAAGAAUUCUCACUGCAGACACUUUCACACUCGCUACUUUACGUCGUGCGCCGUUUGGAAAAAAUGUAGCAAAUCACAUAUCGCCACGGGUGUUUGUAUUCAUAGCACCCAACUUCGAUCAUCUUUGGGGUCCUCUACCUGGUGCCGAUGGAAUACACCGCUGUUUUUACAAGAAGGUCAUGGUGUUUCUGCCUCCUUUCCAAGACGACGACGACAAGGCCAUUUGCAUUCAGGGUUGCCCUGGAGGUCAAAUCCCUGGUAGCAAUGAUGUUGCCUCUACAUCGAAUCUGGGCUUUGAUGUUUAUCACUCAGGCUCAGACUCUGAGCCGCCUUUUCCCUCAGAGAUAUUCUCCUCACGUUCGACUACCCUUCCCACACCCUCAACUAACCUGUCUUCAUCAACGUUAGCUACCACGGCAUCACCUACAGCAGGUACUUCUUCGACACGGCCAUUACUAGUUCAUUCAAGGUCUCCAUCUCUAGAGCUUGUUGAUGUGAUAUGCAGACCAGCCAGGCGUCCACGUGUGGGCUCCCCCUCAAAUUCUGUGAUCGCUGUGCCAGUCUCACAGUCUCAAAGCAUACCCAGUGUGCCAAGUCGUCUUCCUGCACCUGUUCCAUUUGAUCGUGUUGAUGGGAUGUUUGUUGAAGCAUGGGUUGAACGUGUGCGUGACGCCUUGCCACCAGGAGUCGGUGGACCAGAACUAUGCAUCUGGGGACCUGAUGUGGACACAUGCGCCAAGGCAUUGGUGUUUCUCAUCAUGUGGCAUUUCCGCGAUCCUCCACUUUUACGUUCACAGUGGGAUGACAUGCUGUCUCAAAAUUGUCCUGGAGCGCAGUGCAAACUGGUCCCACUGUCGGCCUUUCUCAGCCACCGACGUUCCUUUGGCGUUGGUGAAGGCAUCGGAUCAGGUCCUGAGCGUGCAGUAUUGUCCCGUGCCAUUGAGAUCGCCUCAUCAGAUGUCGCCUACUGGCAGCGAGGUGUCGGACACAGCUCAUUGUACCAGUCGAUGCUUCUUUUCCCAUCGACUGAUGGUAUUCAAACAAGGCACACAACAUUCUCCACCCAUGGAUUCCUUUGUUUCAUCCACAUGUUGAACAUUCCUGCCGCUCCCUUUCCUGUACAUCCUUUAUUGCUUCAUCUUGCGAUUGACGGACGCAUGGCCUUCACCAUUGACCUCCCCUUUCUCCAAGAAAUCGAUGAAGAUCUUGUGAAGACUUUGCGCCCUUGGACAACUUGGGACCGCUGUUCAAGCCAGCCUUUGCAUGGGCAGUCUACCGAACUCCACGGUCUUUUGUCGGCAUGUGAGAUACCCACCAACUGUCUAACAGACAACAUGGGUGACUCUGAGCUGGAUGGCAUUGAGCGCAGCUUGCUUUGCUAUCUUCUCUUUGGCUCUAAAGAUGUCAGCCACCAUCCUGACUACCUCGCUUUCUGUAAUGGCUUCAAUCUCCAAAUUUCUGAUGACUUGUCUGUCCUCGAUACUUUUGUUUGGUCCUCGAAGGGGCUUUUGGCCUAUCUGUAUAACCGACGUCUCGACUCACCGGACACACUUUUCAAACACCUUGAACUUGGGCGCCAAACCUGCUUAGGUUCGCAUACAACAGCUACCACCAAUCAGUGUGACAUUGGCAAGAGGUUCAUGGAUCACCUUCAACGCUAUAUCUCCGGUGUCGGUCAUGUCGAGCAUCACUGGACACGACCUUUCCUUGUUGAGACUGAUGUUGCGGCUAAGAAACAUGAUUUACUGCUGCGCAGUCGUCUUUUGCUGGCUACACUCACUGGGUCAAACAAGAUCCCAACUGCAGAUAAUUGGAGUUUGACGUUCAACAUGUCUUAUCAACCAUUUGUGGACAUUUUGCAUAUUAAAAUGCCUCCCCUUAUGAGAAUUCACGCUUGCUUCCUUUCAGCAGACGUCAUUGUUGAUUCGUCUCUUCGCAAGAUCCUUCUGGAUCCCUUACCAUCCAACCCAAGGCAGGCAACAGCGUUUGAUGCAUGGCUUCAUUUGCAGCUCAUAGGUCCCGACACUUUCGAACUGGUAUAG